UCAACGGCAAAAUCAUCAAUGGAAACGUCAAAUGGAGCUGAACCAACAGCGACGUAAAGUUAUACCCAAAUUGGUGUAUUUAAAUAAUCCGUGGACUUAUUUGGCGGCCAAAUUCAAUUUGCUGAAAAUGCAAUUGUUUUGGGAUCGGGAAUUUGUCGAACAGGAAUUUAUUAGAGGUGCUAAACAGGCUGCUGUGGUCUUAACCGAUAUAAUACGCAAUCAAAAUAUAUCGGGAAUUAGUAAAUUCACCACACCAUUGGGCUAUCAACAAAUCACACGAGACAUGCGUCUCUCAAGGGAUGAUGUGCGUUUGAAAUUGGUGAGAUUCCAGACGGAACAUAUUCGGAGGGCCAUACCAAUGAAGGUUGUGACCAGACUGAAUUAUGGUAGAAAAUAUUGUUUCAUAGAUAUGAUGUUUGUGGGCCUUCGGAAUACCAAAGAUUUCGAUAGCAUUGAAGAACUUGUGGAGGUCAAUCGAAUAUUACAAUCUUUGGAUGCUGAGGUGAGGAUAACCCAGGAGGAGACCAUCACAGCACCUCAUCGCAUUGUAUUUGCUGAAAUUUUCAUACGAUUUCGUCGUGAUUGUUCGGCAGAUUCUGAUAGCUAUUAUUCACAUCAUUCCCAACGCUAUGCCAAUGAUAAGGAUUGGGCAGUGGGGUUUUAUAAAAUUCUCUCGUUUGAUGUUUUCCAUUAUAAUCCGAGGAUUUAA